ACCACUGAAGAAUAUGGAUAUUAAAGCAGCUUUCCAAAUGAGCAGUGCUCGAAAACGGAAAGCUUCAUCUCCAAAAUCGAGUGAAAUUGAUGCUAAGAAUAUAAAACUGUGUUGUAAGGAAACUGAAAUUGCUGAAAAUGAUCUUGAAAUUAAACCAGAAGUGUUGUUAGAAGCAGUUGAAAGUGCAGAGUGCAAAGAAAACAAAAAUUUAAAUGUAGCAAAGGAUGAAAUUUCAUCUAAUAUUAAUAAAAGUAAGUCAUCCAGUGGCAAUUCAACAAACUUACAACAUGUAAAAAGAUUUGAAAAUUUUAGAAACUCUGAUAGCUCAGAUGAUGUUGUCCUAGGUGAAGAUAAUGCUAAAACAGAAGGUGUUAAAUCUCUGGAGGUAUUUAAUUCAAACAGUAUAUCCACAAAAGAUGAAAUGGCAAAUGAGGAUGAUAAAGUUGAAAAUAAAUUAAAGACUGUUGUAGCUUGCAAACAUGAAGUUUCAAGUGCAUCUAUUUCUGUUGAAGUAAAGAAAGAGACUUCAAAUGAUGUAAAAUCAGAAAAAAGAAAGUUAGCAUUGAAAACAAAUAAUGAAAAUCCACAGAAUGUUAAUAACAGACAAGACGGCCCUGGUGAUUAUGCAAUAUGUGAUGGUAGUACUAGCACAGAUAAUGCUGACUCGUCUGAAGUUUUCAAUUCAAACAAUGUAUCCAUAGAUGAAGAAAUUUUAAAUCAUGAAGAUAAAACUGAAAAUGAAGUAGAAAUUGUGAAAGAAUGUGAAUCUGCAUUAACUCAUAUUGUUGAAGUGAAAGAAAAGUCUUCAAGUGCCGCAAAAGUAAAAAAGAGAAAAAGAAUGACACCUGAAGAAGCAAAGAAAAAAGCAGAAGAGAGAGAGCGAAAGCGAAUUGAACAACAAAUGAAAAGGGAAGAAUUAGAAGCAAAACGAAGAGAAAGACAGUUGGAGAAAGAAAAGAAAUUAAAAGAACGCGAAAUGCGUAAGCAAUUAGAAGAGCAAGAGAGAAAGGAGCGAGAAAGGUUAAAACAAGAAAAAAAAGAACAGGAGGAGAAAGAAAAGCUUCAGAAAUUGAAAGAGAAAGAAGAAAAAAAUAAAAUGCGACAGAUGAUGCUUGAGAUGAAACUUGAAGAGAAAAAGAAAAAAGAAGAAAUGAGACUAAAGCGGGAAGAAGAACUGAAAAAAGCAGAAGAGGAAAAAAGGAAAGCUAAGCUAGAAAAAGAACAAAAGGAAAAGGAGAAAAAUGAACGAGCUAAAGCUGUUUUUGCAAAAUUUUUUUUGAAAGGAGACAGCCAUUCUUCUCCGCCAGUUUCUCAGGCUUUAGGAAAAGAAGGUGCCUUUAAACCAUUUGAAGUUUCUGGUCAUAUGAUCCUUGCCCCUGUUGUUCCUCAAGCUGCUCAAGAACGUUUUGACAAAGACCGAUUAGAUCAUUUUCUGCAGUUCCAGGAUGGCAAAGAAUUAUAUCUUCAGAUUCUGAAAUCUGGGUCUUAUCAUGAUGUAAAACGUAGGAAGAGAGAAAGGAAGUUAAAAACUUGUGAAGCUGAUGUGAUUCUUGAUAAAAGUGAAGAAGCUAAUCUCACUAUGACUGCUAAAUUGCUUCAGUUCUCGGAAAAUGUUCGGCCCCCAUAUUGGGGAACAUGGAGAAAGAAAAGCAAGAAUGUCCGCGCACGUAAUCCUUUUGGUGAAGAUAGCUCUUUAGAUUACACUGUAGAUAGUGAUGAAGAAUGGGAUGAAGGGGGACCUGGUGAAAGUCUAUCAGGAACUGAAGCAGAAGAUGAAAGUGAAGAUGAUUAUGAAGUAGAUAAUGAUUUUUUUGUUCCUCAUGGAUACUUGUCUGCUGAAGAAGAAAAAGAGGAAGAUGAGGAGGUUGUAAAUGAUCCAGAAAAACAGAAAGCUCUUUUAAAAAUUAAACUUCAGGAAUUUGAAAUGGAAAGGAAAAAGAAAACAACGGAGCUGAAACCUAUUAUUCUAGGUUGUUUUAUUGAAAAUAAAUCAGUUGGUCAAGAUAAUGGCAUUUGCAAGUUUUUAGAACCUUAUGCAGCUGUAAUAAUAUCUGAUACUCCUAUUCCAACCACUUUCUCUGUAAAGCAAUCCGAGGCUGAAUUAAAGCUGCAGUCAAAUGCUUCAGAACGAACUAGUCCAAUAACUUCUAGCAGUGUCUCUUCUAAGAAGAAUGUACCUGUAGAAGCAAUGCCACAUCUGAUUCGGCUUGUGCAUGGGAAUACAAAAAAGCGUUCUACUCUUGUGCAAGAGUUCCAGGAUUAUUGGUCACAGUAUUCCAAUCAAAAUACUGCUGAUCAAAAGGUUGAGGGCAGUUUAAAUCAUUCAGAAUCUGCUGUGCCUGAUCCUAACACUGAUUGCGAAAUGAAAAAUCGGGAUGAAAUUUCUGAAGCACACAUAUUAAAUUCAAACAGAAUAUCCAAAGCCCAGUUAUCAAGAAUGAUAAGAAAUAUAGCUACUUAUGGAAAAUGCCUCAAUCCUCCUAUGAAGAAGUUUUGUUGGCAGGUGCAGGAUGAUAUUCGUGAAAAAUAUGGUUUAUUAGACUUGCCUGUUCCUAAUCAGUGGAAUUAUGCUUCAUGUGAAAAUGCUGGAGAAAUAUCUCCCGCUGGAAAGACAAAUAGUACAUCAAUUAAAGAAUUUUUAAUUUCAUGAUUAUUAGAGGUAUUUAUAACUUAGAAAAUUUCUCAUUACAUGAAUGUAUAUAUGACAGUUGUGUAUUGUGACUUUUCCCCUUCAUUUACUUAUAUUACCAUUCCUAGAAAUGCAGCAUACUCCAGGAUGCUGAAAAUUUGAAAAUGCUAUUUUUCAGUUCUUUAUUUUUUAUUUUGUGAGUGUAAAGAAUUAUCUUGUGUAUGCAUUGUUCUAGUUUUAAUUCAUAAUUUUAUUGAGUAAAAUAUUAAUAUUUGCUGUUGUUGUCAGAAAGCAAUAAUUUGAAUUUUUUUAUGUAUGUAUAUAUAUACAUUCAUAUACAUGCAUGGAUAUGCAUCAUAUCAUGUGCUUUAACAAGACUUAAUUCUUUUAUUUUCAUGAUGUGAAGCAGAUUGCUGACCUGUGGUUAAAUGAUCAGUAGAUUGUAGUCAACACUGAAAGGGAAUAAUUUAUUGCCUGUUUUACAUGUAUCUUUACUAAUUUAUUUCAUCUCAAAUGGAGAAUGUUGGUUAUCUGUGCUAUGUAUGAUUAUGGAUAUUAAAAGUAUAAUGAGAUGAUAGAAAUUAUUUUAUACAUAUCACUAUAUAUAUUAAUUAGCCUUGAUCAUUUUUCUAGUAUUGAUGUCAUUAUAUUUUAUGUGCCUCAUACCAGAUGUAAAAGUGACAUUAAUGUGAACAAUUAAAAACUAAAUAAUUGUUUUGACUUA